GAAUCUAAUAAAAUCUUUAUGACCAUGAUACUGGUAUAAAAUUGACUCUAUUAUUUAUUCACAACCCUCGGUAUAACAAUAUAAGGUACACUCAAACUAUUGCAAAUACUAUUCAAAAUUGAUCAAAGUAGAUCAAAACCAAGCCAAGACAUUUAUAUUUAUAUUUAUAUAAGACCGUAUUCAUUUCACCAUCAAAUAUUUUAUUAAAAUAUAUAUUCAUAUAGUGCCAUCGUGCCAUCCCCAAUUAAGUAUGAAGUAAUCAAAUACGAAGUAUAUAAAUAAAAAUCUAGAGAAGAAAAAAAACAAAAAAGCAUUGUGUGAAAAUGGAGACACCAUUGCUAAACGGCGGCGACGGUAACAGAUUGAAGGCGGAGAAUGGUGACUAUGCGGAGGUGAAGAGCAUUAGCGAGGCGGCGGCGGUGUUUAAGGAAGAGACGGGGAAGUUAUGGAAGAUAGCAACACCAUUAGUGUUUAACAUUGUUUGUCAAUACGCUACAAAUUCACUUACAAACAUUUUUGUAGGACAUCUUGGAGAGCUUGAGCUUUCUGCUAUUUCUAUUUCAAUGUCCGUCAUUAACACCUUCGCAUUCGGCUUCAUGCUUGGCAUGGGGAGCGCGCUUGAGACAUUGUGUGGGCAAGCUUUUGGUGCUGGGCAAGUUCAUAUGCUUGGAGUUUACAUGCAACGCUCGUGGAUAAUCCUAUUGCUCAGCAGUCUUGUACUCCUACCAAUUUAUGUCUUUGCUGCACCAGUGUUAAAGUUUCUUGGACAGGACCCUGAUGUAGCCAACCUCUCAGGACAAUUCACCAUCCUUACUAUACCCUCACUGUUCUCGUUGGCUAUCAAUUUUCCUACUCAGAAGUUCCUCCAAGCCCAAAGCAAGGUUAAUGUAAUGGCUUGGAUCGGAUUUAUUGUUCUAAUUGAACACGCUGUGCUUCUCUGGCUAUUCAUUGCUGUGCUGGGUUGGGGUCUGCGCGGGGCUGCUGUAGCUUUCAACUUCACAAGAUGGGUGACUGCAAUAGCCCAAGUUGUUUAUGUAUUUGUUUGGUGCAAGGAUGCUUGGACAGGGUUCUCUUGGGCUGCUUUUAACGAGAUGUGGGCAUUUGUUAGGCUUUCAAUUGCUUCUGCUGUGAUGCUCUGCCUUGAAAUCUGGUAUAUGAUGAGCAUAACACUUCUUGCUGGUCACCUUCCAAAUGCUGUCAUUACUAUAGGCUCUCUUUCUAUCUGCACGAAUAUAAAUGGACUACAAUUUAUGAUAUUCAUUGGAAUAAAUGCUGCUGUAAGUGUUCGUGUAUCAAAUGAGCUUGGGUUACAGCAUCCAAGGGCAACCAAAUACAGUGUUUUCGUUGCAGUCUUCCAGUCUAUCAUCAUCGGGCUUUUGUGCUUGGUCAUUAUCCUCAUCACUAAAGACCAUUUUGCUAUUAUUUACACCGAUAGCAAGGAAUUGCAGCAAGCAGUUUCUAAACUAGCUUGGCUUCUUGGUGUGACAAUGGUUCUUAACAGUAUUCAGCCUGUCAUUUCAGGAGUUGCUGUUGGAGGGGGGUGGCAAGCCACAGUGGCUAAUAUAAACUUGGCUUGCUAUUAUGUUUUUGGGCUACCGCUUGGAUACAUUCUCGGCUAUGUAGCACACUUGGGAGUAAUGGGCCUUUGGAGCGGAAUGAUAGCUGGAACUCUCUUGCAGACAUUCAUUCUACUCUUCAUCCUUUACAAAACAAAUUGGAAUAAAGAGGUGGAGGAAUCAAGCAGCCGCAUGCAGAAGUGGGCAGGGCAGGACAUCAACGCAGAUAAGAUUGGUGAUGACAUAUGAACAACAUUUCUGUUCUUUCAUCACUCAAGCUUCAUUUAAUAUCAGAAGAAUUGGAUGUUUUGACUGAAGUUUAUGUGAACGAAAAGGUGAACAAACUAAUCUGACAAUGAAGAUUUUCCCGUGACAACGUUGAACCAGUAAUUCCAUUUUUUGAGGGUUUUUUAGCCUUCAAAGUGUUCUGAACGUUUGGAGGUGCUUCUGCAGGCAUUGCAUCUCUAAAAUCCCAGCAAGAUCAUGUUAGAACAUCUUACUGAUGAAAUAUUGUCAUUUGAAAACCUUGUUACAACAGUCAUUCUACUCUGUAAACCUUGUUGUUUAACGCUGAAUCUGAUCAUAUUACCGCAUAUGAUCAGCAUAGACUCGAACUUAACCAAAGAUUGCAACUGUAGUUACAAAAUUGUAACCACAUUCUUAUGCCGUUUCAUAUUAUUGAGCAGCAUAGUGUUCUACGGUGUCUAGAAAAUAAUACUCAUGUGUUUUUAA